GUCUAAAUCCUCGAACGCAGUCUGGUCUGGUGGUGUUUGCUUAUUGCACAGCCAACUGUCGGUUGAAUCCGUUUGACAUGGCGACCAAUCAGAGUCUACCACGCUACGACGUCACGUCUGCGGUUGGCGUGGCCGAGGAGUGACCUGUCCGAUAACCCGGCCCCGCCCCCAGUUUCACAACAUAGCAGCGCGUGCCGCCGCUGAGUUCAGGCUUCCCUCCGAAAGCUACGCUGUCGGUAUUCCCCGUCGAAGAGCCGAACGCCGAACCGGGACCAUGUGGCUGCCUAUGAUCGGGAUGACGGCCCUGCCACACUUAGGAGGGCUCUACGGGGGCUUCAUCACACGGAAACAGGUGAAAACCUGGUACCCCACUCUGAAGAAACCCUCGUGGCGCCCGCCAAACGCAGCGUUCCCUGUGGUGUGGACGUGUCUGUACACUAGCAUGGGAUACGGCUCCUACCUGAUCUGGAAAGAGCUUGGAGGUUUUACCCAGGAUGCUUUGGUUCCACUGGGACUUUAUGGCACGCAGCUCGCUCUGAACUGGGCCUGGACUCCUAUAUUCUUUGGCGCACACAAGCUAAAACUGGCGCUGAUGGAGAUCGUGCUCCUCACUGGGACUGUCGGCGCCACCAUGGCGUCCUGGUAUCCCAUCAGCAGCACCGCCACUCUGCUCUUGGCGCCUUAUCUCGCCUGGCUGUGCCUCGCCACGUCCCUCAACUACUGCAUAUGGAGAGACAAUGCAGAGGAGAAAGAGGAGUAGGAGGACAUUUCUGCUGUCCAACCCUUCUGAUCACAUUAAACCUGCUUUUCCAAA